AUGCUGCUGGGGCACAGCAAGGGCGGCGUUGAUGCUGCAGCUGCAGCUGCAUUGUCAAUCUACUUGUGCGAUUUGAAAGACAAAGUUGCUGGUUUAGCACUGGUACAGAGCCCCUAUGGUGGCACACCCUUGGCUUAUGAUAUUCUUCGAGGCCAGAUUGCGGACAAAGAAACCCACAGGAUCAUGGAGCUUUUGAUAUGCAAGCUAAUUAAGGUCAUAGCACCAAUUCCUGAUCUUGUUGAAAAGGGUGACAUUCGGGCAAUGGAGGAUCUUACUUAUGAGAAGCAAAAGGAGUUCAUCAUGAAGCACAAGCUGCCAUUUGAGCAAAUUCCUCUAGUUUCUUUCCACUCUGAGGCAAGCAUAGCCCCCUCCUGGGCAGGUCAGGGCGGCCCUAGGAGGGUCUGGGCAGCGCUAGGCAGGUACGUGUGCCAUUUCCCGGGUUUAGGGUCUGCUGAGCCACAGGCUGUUUCUGGGUUGUGCAGAUUGUCCUUCUUUGACUGUAAGUUGCUAUCUGAUAUCUUUAUUACAUUUUGCUUUGAUGAUGAGUUAGUUAAGUUCAGAUUCGAAGAAUUAAUAGGUGAUGUCUAUAUUGAAAAUGAAAUAUCUGAAAUGCCUCUCGCAGCCUAUAAUGAUACUGUGGGGAGCGCAAGUCUUCUUUUUGAUAGUCUGGGAUUCUACUCAUCAAUGGAUGACAUUUUCACCCGUCUAUUGACACUGGCUAGUUAUAUAAGUCGUCGAUUUAUUCAAUUUAUAGAGGAUCUUGCGGUCAGAGAUGCUGAUAGAUACUCAGAUUUGCUGGUUGACACUACCAUUACACGGUUUACAAUUUGCUUGGAGAUUGGCAAUUUCUUGUUGGAGAAGUUCUGUCGUAAAACAUUGCAAGGUUCAUCUGAUGAUAUUGGAUGGUUGCCGCGCACUCCUGGCAUGCUUGGUGUGGAGGAUAGUACAGCAAGAUUCUUGGAGUUGCUUGCAGGAAUAAGGAAUGGGGAGCACACAUUGCCUAGCUCAUUUGUCUAUCUGCUUAUUCCGGGCCUCUAUAGCAAUCAUGGCCCCUUAUACUUUGUUGGAACAAAGAAAUUCUUUUCGAAGAUGGGUCUAGCUUGCCAUAUUGCAAAAAUUCACAGUGAGGCAUCUGUUGAGCACAAUGCAUGGGAACUCAAGCAAUACAUUGAGGAGCUUUACUGGGGAUCCAGUAAGCGUGUGAUGCUGCUGGGGCACAGCAAGGGCGGCGUUGAUGCUGCAGCUGCAUUGUCAAUCUACUUGUGUGAUUUGAAAGACAAAGUUGCUGGUUUAGCACUGGGUGACAUUCGGGCACUGGAGGAUCUUACUUAUGAGAAGCAAAAGGAGUUCAUCAUGAAGCACAAGCUGCCAUAUGAGCAAAUUCCUCUGGCUACCUUCCACUCUGAGGCAAGCAUUGCCCCUUAUAAAGAGUAUAGCCGCGCGGCGACACUAUGA